UGUCUAUAUAUGGAAGAUAGUGCGACUUUAUAUGUAUAGAAAUAUUCUUUACUAAUUCGGAAAGAGAGAAGGAAAAAGAGUGUAAACAUGGUGGUAACAACGGCGAGCAAGGGUAGGGGUGGUGGUGGCGAUGAUGAUGGUGAGAACGCUGAUGAUCACUACUUAAACUCGACGUUCGCCUCUCGAUACGUACGAGAGCCAGUGCCCAAAUGGAGGAUGCCGGCGAAGACGAUACCGAAGGAUGCUGCGUACCAGUUCAUAAACGACGAGCUCAUGUUGGACGGUACUCCAAGGCUCAACUUGGCCUCGUUUGUCACCACUUGGAUGGAGCCUGAGUGCGAUCAACUCAUCAUGGCUUCCAUUAACAAGAACUACGUUGACAUGGACGAGUACCCUGUCACCACCGAAAUCCAGAAUCGUUGUGUGAACAUGAUUGCCCAUCUGUUCAAUGCUCCUACGGGAGAUCUGGAAGCUGCUGUUGGUGUGGGAACCGUCGGAUCAUCAGAGGCCAUAAUGCUGGCUGGUCUAGCUUUCAAGAGAAAAUGGCAGCAAAGGAGGAAAGCAGAGGGAAAGCCCUUUGAUAAGCCUAAUAUAGUCACUGGUGCCAAUGUUCAGGUAUGCUGGGAGAAGUUUGCAAGGUACUUUGAGGUUGAGCUCAAAGAAGUUAAACUAAGAGAGGGAUACUAUGUGAUGGAUCCUGAGAAGGCAGUUGAGAUGGUGGAUGAGAACACCAUUUGUGUUGCAGCCAUUCUUGGUUCCACACUGACUGGUGAGUUUGAGGAUGUGAAGAAAGUCAAUGACCUCCUUACUCAGAAGAACAAGGAGACAGGUUGGAACACCCCAAUUCAUGUAGAUGCAGCCAGCGGUGGGUUCGUUGCGCCGUUCCUUUACCCGGAGAUUGAGUGGGAUUUCAGAUUGCCUCUGGUGAAAAGCAUCAACGUGAGUGGCCAUAAGUAUGGGCUUGUGUACGCUGGUAUUGGAUGGGUUGUGUGGAGGGAUAAAGAGGACUUACCUGAAGAACUUAUUUUCCAUAUCAAUUACCUUGGAUCUGAUCAACCUACUUUCACCCUUAACUUCUCCAAAGGCUCCAGUCAAAUAAUUGCUCAGUAUUAUCAGUUCAUCCGAUUGGGAUUUGAGGGUUACAAGAACAUAAUGCAAAACUGCAUGUCAACUGCAAAAAUACUACAAAACAGAUUAGAGAAAACAGGGCACUUUGACAUAGUCUCGAAAGACGUAGGGGUGCCCGUGGUGGCAUUCUCUCUUAAAGACAGUAGCAAAUACACAGUGUUCAGCAUAGCAGACAGCUUGAGAAGGUACGGGUGGAUCGUGCCAGCCUACACCAUGCCGGCCGACGCGCAACACAUCGCGGUUCUUCGGGUGGUGAUUAGGGAGGACUUCAGCCGUAGCUUGGUCGAGAGACUCAUCUCGGACAUAUUGAAAGUAUUGAAGGAUCUGGACGAUCAUCCCAGCACCAGUGCCACGCCGAUCAAUACUGACACUGUGACCAAGAAGACUGAGAGACAGAUUGAAGAAGAAGUGGCCGGGCAUUGGAAGCGUUUUGUCAGGGAAAGGAAAACUGGAGCUUGCUAAUUAAGCUUCCUUUCUCAUAGGAGAACACAUCUCUGUCCUUUCCUAUUGUGCUAAACCAUUUGCAGUUUGUACUACUGUGUUUGAUUAAUUUUUAAAAUGAAAACUAAGAACUGCUUGAUUAUUUGUGUGUUUGUAUUAUGGGACUUAUGAUUGGGUUUGCGUUAAUAAAUGAUUUAUUUGAUAUUUA